AUGCCUUCUUAUGCAGUUGUUGGUGCUUCUCGCGGCAUCGGACUGGAGAUUGCUAUGAAUCCCGUCAACGUCGUCUUUGCCCUCGUCCGAGACAAAUCCAAUUCGCCGCAUAUAAGUACCUUGGCUUCUUCGCACGUCAAUGUGUUUGUUGUAGAGGCAGAUGCCAUUGACCAUCGCGCGUUGACGGCUGCCGCUGCAGAGGCCGCCAAAGUCACUGGCGGGAGCUUAGAUGUCCUCAUCUACAAUGCAGCACACAUGGACAUCACAUACUUGUUCCAUAGCCUAACCGACUAUGACAAUGGCGAUCAGCUCGAUACGGAGAUCACAAAGGCAUUUAAGGUCAAUGUUCUUGGUGCCGUCCACUCUGUCAAUGCCUUCCUCCCGCUGCUGCGUGAAGGAGCAACAAAGAAAGUGCUAAUAAUGAGCAGCGAAGCUGGGGACCGCGAGCUCACACGACAAAUCCAAUUCUCCACCAUGGGAGCAUACGGACUUACAAAGGCCGCUCUUGACAUGGUCAUGGCGAAGUAUGCUGUGCAGCUGAAGAAAGAAGGCUUUACUAUCUUUUCAGUGAGCCCUGGACCUACAGACACAACAGAUACAGCUACUCAGACCACGAUCGCAGCAUCAAGGCCGGAGUUAGAGGAGUUAAUAAGACAAUGGAAGGAGGUAGACCCUAACCUGGAUCCUACACUGAAGCCCGUUGAUGAGAUAGUGAGGAAAAUGCUUAAGCUCCUCGCUUCACUGGGUCCUGCGGACUCGGGUACUUUCCGGCCCUCUGAAGAAAUCCGUGCGAUACAGAUUUAG